AUGGUAUACUGUAUCAACCUCAUCCGACAUGGAGCUCCUGGUGCCGUCUUGGCUUUCUUCAUCUGGAGCCUUCCGGGCGCAGCGGGCAUGUACGCCCUCUCCAUCGGUGUCUCCAGCAUCGGCACCUCGCUCCCACGUGCCGUCUAUGCCCUUCUCUCCGGCCUUAAUGCCGCGACGGUAGGCAUAAUCGCCCUUGCCGCCGUCGAGCUCUCGCACAAAGCCGUGGCUGAUAGACUCACCCGCACGCUCGUGUUCCUUGCCGCCGCGGCAGGUAUGAUGUACAAUACGCUCUGGUAUUUUCCCGUGUUGAUGGCCGCGGCGGGUGUUGCGGCUGUUGUACAUGAUUACCGCUGGGUUCACCGCCCAGCGAGGAGAAUUAUCGGGGUGUUGAGGGCUCUGGGCGGGAGGAGGAGAGAGAGGUCACAAGACGACGGUGCUCAGGGGCACGACUUGGCCGGCCCGUCUCCCGCAACCCGCAUAUCGGCACCGACCCGCGAUGAGCCCGUCUUGUCCGGUGCAAAUACGGCCCCAGAGCCCCGCGUCAUCCCGAAGGAGUUCCGCCUCGAUUUCUCCUGGAAAUCCGGCACCGCCCUCAUCCUCACCUUCUUCGCCACCUUCCUCACAGCGAUGAUCAUCCGCGGCGUGGUCGCCGACCUGCCCGUCCUCUACCGGCUCUUCUCCAACCUCUACCUCGCUGGCACAAUCAUCUUCGGCGGCGGGCCCGUCGUCAUCCCCCUGCUGCGCGAGUACGUCGUCGCCGAAACCUGGGUCUCCCCGCGCGACUUCCUCAUCGGCCUCGCCAUCGCCCAGUCCUUCCCGGGGCCCAACUUCAAUUUCGCCGUGUUCCUGGGCGGGCUCACCGCGGCUAACGCGGGGUGCUCGCCCCUGGCUGGUGCGGUGGUUGCGUUCGUCGGCAUCUUCACCCCCGGCAUUGUGUUGGUCCACGGCACGAUGGGCGUCUGGGGCGUGCUGCGGAGCAGGCCGUGGGUCAAAGCGGCCGUCAGGGGCGUGAAUGCCGCGGCUGUUGGGCUGAUUUACACGGCGGUGUACAGGAUCUGGCAGGUUGGGUAUCUGGACGAGGGGUUCCAGGCGGGGAGGAGUCUGGGGGACGACCCUUGGUGGAUCGUGGUUGCGGCCACGGCGUAUGUUGGGGGCAGGUACUAUAGUGUAGCCGCGCCUUUUGCGAUCCUGCUCGGUGCGGCGAUGGGGUUGGGAAGGUAUGGUGUCGUUUCCGGAAGGGGUUGA